CACAGCUUACCUCUUAACCCAACUCCGGAAACCCUUGCUCGCUACAUCGCCUACACUUCACAGUUCAUCGCUUCGGGUCCGAAAUAUCUCUCAGGUGCUCGGCACUUCUUGCGCGACAUUUUUCCAGACUUCGACACCCAUCGCUCCCACCCAUCUGUUCAAGCCACGAUCGCUGGAGCUCGCAAGUUGAGAGGAGAGGCUGUGCGUCGCAAGCUACCGCUUCGUACGUCCCACCUAGCCACCUUUGUUCACAUUGCUGUCCUUUCAAAAUGUUACGACGACCUCCUCUUUGCUACCAUGCUCUCGUGCAUGUUUUAUGCAUGCCACCGAUCUGGCGAGCUCCUCGUCAAAGCAACUGGGAGCACACUUGACUGGCGAAAAAUCAUCAAGCGAUCCUCGCUCGAAUUCUCUGGUUCCCGCGCCUCGUACACCUACCCUACCACAAAGGCGACCGUUUUUACACGGGUACUACCAUCCUCCACAUGCGCCACGACGUCUGUUGCCCAGUCGAUCUUCUUCGCGACUACGUCCGUGAACGUGAUCGUCGUCACGGUGCCAAGGCUGCGCUGUUCUUGCGAGAAGAUGGGUCCCUUCCUACGCGUUCUUGGUUUGAACAGCACUUCUUCGCAGUCCUCGACCACACCUACGGAGGCCAUUCGGCGCGUGCUGGUGGAGCGACGUACUACGCCGGACUCGGCCUAUCAGAGACUGUCAUACAGGCUCUCGGUCGCUGGUCUUCAGCAGCAUGGAAGGACUACGUUCGAGACAACCCGACCGUACGUGCCGAGCUUGAACUUGCUCGCCUCCGUCUGCCCUCUCAGCAAUGACCUCUUUUCGGCUGCUCGCUCACAUCUUUUACACCAC